CAGUCGCCGCUACAUGUGUAUCAUCGUAAUGAUCUAGAGUACGCGCAAAUGCAAAGAAAAUGCCUAUAUACACGGAGGAAGACAGCGCGCUAGCUCCGCACAAAGCUUGCGAAGGAGUUCGGGAUGACCUGAAGCGCUGCUUAUUGGCCACAGACUGUGUCCAAAAGGAAAGAUUGACGCCAAAGGAAUGCUUGCGCACAAACCAUCCGUCGAUUCCGACGGAGUGUCACAAUUUGAAAACUCUCUUCUUCGAAUGCAAGCGUUCAAUGCUAGACAACCGACAGAGGUUCCGAGGAAGGAAAGGCUACUGAUCGUCACGAAUUUCAAGUUGUAGCUUAGGUGAACGACAAGCAAUUGUUACGGCGUACGUAUUGUAAGAAUAAACUUUAUUUUGCAUUGUA